CUCGCUUUUCGCGACGACUCCAGUCCAGCUCCAGUCACAACUCGAAGUCACAACAGACGGAUCAUCUUUGAUUGUUUCCGAUCCUCAUCUUUCAGUUUAUACUACUUUCUCUUUCCCCUUCCCUCCCGCCCCAUGUCCAACUCCGCUAGACAACAUUGGAACAAGCGCAAAGCCCGGGCUUCGUCGAUCUGAACUCCGACGACAUGGUCGCCUACGAUCUGACCUCCAACGGCUUGCUCACCUACUCUUACGCCGAUCAGAACAAGCAACCGCCCAUACCCCCCUCCCGCCCCACGCUCAACUCCGCUACACAACAUUGGAACAAGCGCAAAAGCCCCGGCUUCGUCGAUCUGAUCUCCGACGGCUUGGACACCUACUCUUACGCCGAUCAGAACAAGCAACCGUCCCGAAAGCGGGCAAAGACAGCUUCGACGUGGACAGACGAUUCGCACGAUGUCAAGCUCGUCAGUAGUGACGAAGAGUGCAGUCUUUCGGGACAUGCUCUCAAGCGAGCUGCUAGAUUCCUCCUUGUCAAGGUUGGACGGAGAUGCCAAAUCAACCCCUCAACGGCAUCACCAUGUCCUCGAGCUCAUAGAUGACGAGCUCGAAAACGCCGAAAACCUCACUAUCGUCCUCACCCUCCUCGACUCUCUCAACUAUAAGCUCACCGACUUUGUAGCCACCCACAAAUCCAAAACCCCCACCAUCAUGUGGUCCAUCCUCCUCUUUGCCAAGAAGUGGGGCAUGCCCUUUCUUUGCUCCCGCCUGAGCGACUGGAUCUGCCAGCUCGCCGUCGAAUCCCACAAACCCCCUUACACCAAAUUCAGCCAAUACGACUUUUUCAAGCUGGCAGCUUGUUUCGGUCUGCUGCAUGCGGCGUCGGUGGUGCUCUCGACGUGGUGGUGUCCGCGGGACAAGCCGGAAUGGACAGUGUGGGCGUUUCCGGGAUUUGGGCCCUUGGACCCAGAGUUGUUGACGAGGAGGGAGUGGGUGGCGUUGCCGUUUGAGUAUAUGAGUGCUUUGCAGACGUCGUUAGCGUUGCAUCCCAGGGAUAGGCUGGAGAGGGCGAGGAUGUUUCACGCGUUGGUCACGACGGACAUGUAGAGCUGGGAUGGGAGGAGGUUACAUGGUUAAAUGGCUCUUGUGCGAUAGGGUCCUGUAUGUAUUGCUGCAUUCAAC